CAGGAUCUCCGACAUCCGUAAUGAUGGUUGAGGACACGCUGCAUCCUGCUGGUGUCGUUGGCACGCCCUCAUCAUAUGCCUCUUGCCAUUCUAUUAUCACUCUCUGUAGCAGAAAACCAUGGGUUUCAGUGGAGUAAUUCCGAGUCAGUCCAACUUGUACCCUGAUACCACGCAACACAUUCCAGACCACCAGCCGCAAGCAGACUUAAGAGCAACGGCCCUUGACGAAGUCAUCUCUCCUCCGGCGCAACCUGUAGAUCAUCAGGAUCUGCUGGAGGAAAGUCGUUUGAAGCGGCAGGUGUGGCAGUUCGCACAGAAAUAUGGAAUAGACGUUGCUGAAGGCUCCGAUCCUACGGCGGUCCUUCAAGAAGUGGAAAGAGAAGUGGAAAGACGUGCUAAAUCAUCAGGGAAGCGUUCAAGUCGUCGCAUCUUUAGUUUUGCCUCCUUUCGAGAAGCGCUCGCAUCAGUGUUCAACAAAAUCAAUGCAGAAGAAUUGAAAAGGCCUCGUCGCCGUGGUUUUGCAGUGUCCAUCACUCGGCAUUCUAUCACGCGUAAAUCCCCCAAAAUCGAUGCAGAGGAGUUGAAAACGCCUGGUUACCUUGGUUCUGCAGCGUCCAUCACUCAUCAGUCUAUCUCGCAUGAAUCCCCCUCCUUGGCCCAAGGUGUCCGGUCCCGUCUCGGCCUGUACCGAUUUUGGGCUAUUCUCAUCGGCAUCGAUGCGUAUGCGGGAGUUCCCUUGCGCGGUUGCGUAUCGGACGCUUUAUUAAUAAAGCGCUUCUUAACCAAUGACCUUGGCGUGCCAGAAAAACGUAUCCAGUGUCUCCUUGGCCCCGGAUAUCCAAACUCUGUUGAUACCAAGUCUACGCCUUCCCGCACCAACAUUAUAGAUACGCUCUACAGUCUCGUUAACAACCCUGAAAUCGAACGAGGCGACAAUAUCAUCAUUUACUAUGCUGGGCAUGGCUCCAGCUACUGCUGUGCAAAGCAUGAUCUCAAAUCUCGAUGCGACAGUUCUUGUGCCAUCGAAGCACUGUGCCCCAUCGAUCGCGAUUGCCAGGACUCCGACGGAAACUGGAUACCCGACAUCAGCGACCGAGAACUCAACAGUCUUUUUAUGCUAAUAUGUUGCGCGAAGGGGCAAAAUAUCACAUUCAUUGCAGACUGUUGCCACAGUGGUGGCAUGAGCAGGGGCCUUCAC